AAUUGUGUCGAAUUUUGCAAAAGUUUUUACAAUCGGUAAGCAAAAAUUCUUUAUUGAUUGUGUAGGAUACUUUGUGAAAACUAAUCCGUGUGUUCGGUUAAUUGUGGUUUGUGUGCCAACUGGCGAAAAAUCGACAUCAGACACAUCUGCGGCGGCCAAUCUAUAAUAUCCUGUGCCACCCGUAAGGACAAGUCAUGGAAGCCGAAUAAUCGGACACAUGCUUUUGGCCUAAAACUCGAAAAUUGGCGAAAUUACGUCGUGUCGGGCGCUUUAUUUUUGUAAUACGGGUGACUUGUCUCGGUGUGAAUCGUUCGGUUCCCUUGCGCUGGCGUAAUUAUAGCAGAAACUCCGUUUAUUUUCGAACUUUGUCGUGCCCUUUUCGCAGGGCAGUGCAUCACAUUACGACAGCUACGUGUUUUUAAGAUAUUUCUGGUUUCGUAAAAUCGCGUAAAACUGGGGCCCAACGUUAUUGUUUUGGUCGCGUUAUCACGUAACUUCCAGUUCGAUAUUUGGGUCUGGGGUGUCAACACACAAAUAUGCCAACAACCGAUUCGUAAAAUCUAAAACGACGUAGCAUCGAGAUUCUAGCCCGUGGCUCGAUUGGCAUUUGGUGGCGUUCCGAUUGAUUUUAUUUCCCUUUUCUUUUAACAAAAAUGCAUUUUUGCGAAUCCCUUCGCGGUUAUUAAAACUGUCCUCAUCAGUAUCCAGUGUAAAUGACCUUGACGUAAAAAUUACACCCAUCACUUUUCGAAAAUAAGGUUAGGAAUAGGUUCCACUUGCUGCAACUAUCACCAACUUUAAUACCAUGCAUGGGUACGUGUACAUGAAUGGGGACAUUGGUAAACACAACUCGGGGGCGGCGUACACUGGCGCCGGCCCUGAGUCGAUGGGGUCUCCGAUGCCGGGUCCCCCUGGAGCUGCUCCACUUCCCGGUGCCCACCACCAUCAUCCCCAUGAUUAUAGUAUAGCGUCAGCCGGACCUUCUGUGGCUCCGCCAAUACCAGUCGUUAAUGGAGUAGCAGAAAUCGCAGAAGGUCCAAUGGCUGGCGCUCCGGAUAUUACUGGGGCGCCUCCAACGCACCCGCCACCUCCGAAUCAGUCGCAACAAGCCCCAGCCUACCCCUUGCCACAACUGAAGCAAAUGCUCUCUCAACAAUUGGAGUAUUAUUUCUCACGGGAGAAUUUAGCUAAUGACACAUACCUCUUGUCUCAAAUGGACAACGACCAAUACGUACCUAUUUGGACGGUAGCGAACUUCAACCAGGUGAAAAAACUGACUAAAGAUAUCAAAUUGAUCACUGAAGUGCUCAGGGAAUCGCCGAACGUGCAAGUCGACGAAGAAGGAAUUAAGGUGCGACCGAAUCAUAAAAGGUGCAUCGUGAUACUCAGGGAAAUACCUGAUAAUACUCCGUUGGAGGAAGUUAAGAAUUUAUUCUCUGGAGAGAACUGUCCUAAAUUAAUUUCCUGCGAGUUUGCUCACAACAGCUCAUGGUACGUCACGUUCGAAUCGGAUGAGGAUGCUCAAAGGGCCUAUAGGUUUCUUAGGGAAGAAGUUAGAGAGUUUCAAGGUCGACCGAUAAUGGCUCGGAUCAAAGCCAAACCGAUGUGCAGACCGCCGAUGGGCCCGGGGGUGGUACCGGCACCGCCGAAGAACGGGUUCCGUGCCACGCCGCCCCCACAAGCCGUCUUCGAUCCGGCGAGUUUUCCACCGGGUCAACAACGAUUCGUUUACGCAAACGGGGCGCCGGGACAACCGCCCGUACCCGCUGCGGCCGCCGCCGCUGCCGCCCCCCCUUACAAUCAGCUGGUUUACGGACCGUACCAGCAGCAAUAUCCGAACACCGCUUAUGUAACGGCCUGGCCGCCGUCCGCCACGGGGUUUUUCGACAUCAGCAGCGUGUUCCAAGUGAACGGACUGGCGCCCCAACAGUUCAAGCCGCAAAACAACUAUCGGGGCUCCGGCCAGAACAGACCCCGGAACAAACAACGCGGCGGACAAUCGCAACAGCAAUCUUCGAGUAGCAACGAUCAACAGGGUCCCUCGCACAGUAGUAACAACGGUAGUAACAAUAGUAACAGCAGCAGUAAUCAGCCGCAACAGCAACAACAACAGUCUAGAGUCCCUUCCACCUCGCACCGUUCAUCGUCUCCGUCUGGGCCGCAGCAGCAGCAACAGCAGCAGCAAUACCAUCACGGCCACCAACAACAUCACCAGCAGCAACCGCAGGCCCAUUACCCGAACCAGGGCAAUAACGGUACGACCCCGAAGAUGUCUUCCAAGAUGGCGGGCAAUGAGGGCGCGGCCAGACCGCCGGUGCCUGAGCCCCUCGAGUCGUAUCCGCCACAACACCCGACGCAUCCCGGGGCUAUUUACGGCGGACCGAUACUUCCUUCUUCUGGCGGCAUACCGACCGGCAUGCACCAUCAUCCAGAAAACGCCGGCCCCGCUGAUAUGUACAGAUUCGCGCCGCCCGCCCCUUUCGUGCUAAAAGAGGUGGUGCCGCCUCGCCACCGACGGAAAAAGAGGGACGAGGACGCUCCCGGGGGAGGCCUGAGCGGCGGCGCCAAUAGUGCCGCCUCCGCUGCCGCCUUGCACCAUGCCAACGGUGCCGGAAUGGGCGGCGUGGCAGCAUCCGCCCAAACCCAGACCGGACCCAUCGUGGCCGGUGCCAAAUCCCAAUUUGAUUUGGUCGAAGAGGCCUUCCCUCCGUUGCCUGGCAUGGACGUAUCAAACGGUCCAGCGCCCGCCAAAACCCAAUACCAGCAACAACCGCAGGCGCAGCAACAACAACAACAGCCCGCUCAACAGCAGCAGCUGCAGCAACAGCACCACCACCACCACAACCACCUAAAUCACGUAGGCGGCGCGACGUAUAGUAACCCGUCCGCCGCCUCCCACUACUACCCGCCCCCGGGCGGUCAUUCAAAGACUGAAGGCUCGACGCAGACGAUGGACGCGGCCGCCCCGCCGCCCAAUAACGCCGCGUCCGCCUGGGGCGAGAACCGUCUCGCGGACGUCGUAAAGGGCGUCGCCAAGACGAAGGGCGGUUCCGCAAUUAAGGGCGAAACAGGGUUAAAGGAGACGACGGAGGAGGCGAGGUGCGGAUCGCCGCCCGCGCCCCAUCCAGAUGAUGCGACCGCCGCCAUCGAGCUGUUGAGUAGUGUCGGAAUGACUCCGCCUAGUUCACCCCAGAGUAAACCCCCUCCAAGCGCUAGUCUACCUGCCAAAUGCACCAUGUCAGACAAGUCGACAAAGACUGACGACGUAUUGUUAAACGGAUGCGAGAGGGACGCCGGACCGACGACCACGAACGCCGCUACCAUGACCACCGUGAUGGUGCAAACUGAAGCCGCCCACCGCUCGGGAGUGACCACGAUAACCACCUAUACAAGGCAAGAAUCAAAGAGCGGAUGUCCUCCACCGGUUCAGGCCCCCUCUCCGCCCUUAGUGGAUCAACCGGGUCAUCCCCCGCGCAUGAGUUACGCGCAAGUCGCGCAACACCACAAGGAGAACCAAUCAAAAGGCGGCGGCGGCGGAAAACAGACUGCGAACGUGUCGACCGCCACCCCGCAAAUCGAUAAUAAACCGAUCGAGUGCGUUCCUGUUGUUCCGAAGGGGACGUCGUCGUCUACGGGCGCCACGCCCCGCAACUCACAGAUGCUGCCAGAACGUGAUAAUAUUGUUAGGGAUACUAGAGAUAUGAACUACAAAGGUGACGGCCCGCGGAUCGGCUCGUCGCGCAAUAACAGCCAAAGUAGCGGCAGCGGCGGCGCCCCGACGAACAACCGACGCCGGAAACCGGAAGUGCGCCAGUCGACGCAGCUGCGCGACUUCGUGACGGUGACGGCGGCCCCCCGCUCGCCGAAAUAGUAUCACGGCCCCGAUUGGUUGCCGCUCGACGAAGCCCCGCCCUGGAGGCGUGGCCAUUAUUGAGGCAACGGGCGGCGGCGGGGCGUGCGUUGAGGGACGUGACUGUGUGAGUUUGUGCGUAUGUGCUGCGCUUCACAUUUAGCGAGCUUAAAUUUCAAUGAGGAAAAAAAAAACGAUUUAGCGCGCACCGCGGCCUGGUAGCUAACGCGCACCGCGUUUUUACGUUUUUGUGGGAGAGAGAGAGCGUUCAGGAACUCUCGGUUCUUAAUUGAUGAUUUAAUAAUAUGCAGAGAGACUUUUCUUGUGCGAGCCCCGUGUGUGAACUAACGAGCAUUAUAAGAAAAAAAAUAUUAUAUAAAUAUGUUUUAAGUGUUGUUCCUAGAGCCGGCCGAAAUAAUUAUUAUUAAAAAAAAAUUAUAUAUAUACAUAUAUAUAAAAAUAUUUAUAGAGGAUGGUCCAUAUAAGGUGAUCCUAUAUCUUUUCGCAAAGGCUUAAAACAUACAAAAUAGAUAUUAUACAACGUACCCAAGAUAAGGAGGGCCCCUACAGGGAUAUCCGUAACCAUGAGAGAGAGAAAGUUGGUUAAAUGAGAAAAAUUUAGUGGCUUUGGGUGCUCAAUAACAUGCCUCUUUGAAAUCUCAAAAAUCCGAGUAGUUCCGGAAAUAUCCAAAAAAAAAACGGAUUUUCAAACAAAAAUUAGUAAAAUCUGCUGAGUUUAUUACGAAAGAUUUUUGAAAAUAAAUGACUAUUUCUCAUAGGUACUUUUGACGUUUCAUCUUUGGCCCAUCAUCAACUUUUUUUUUAAAAUACGAAACUGGUUUUUUAAUAUCAAAUAUUAUAAGGGCUUUUAAUUCCGAAUUCAACGGUGCAUCACAAGUUAUGGUUCAAACAUGUUUUAUAUCUUUUUUAGGCAUAAUUAAAUAUCUUCGAUGCCUCAGAAGAAAGUAGGCUUUGGAAAUAAAAUGGUCGUCAUAGAGAGCUGCUUUUUCAUGUUUUCGUGCCUAAAAUAUUUAGAAUAAUAAUAAUAAUAAAUAUUUUUUAUUUGCAAACUCAUCAUAACUACAUAAAAAAAUACACAUUUAUUAUUUUAUGCAAAUAAAAGGCCAACAAAUUCAGAAUUCUGCCAAGGCAAAUUCUGGUCUUUAACAUUGUGGCCAAAACUUAAAAAAAACUAACUAAAAAAAAAUGUAGAAACGCUUGUAACAGACUAAGUUUAAUUAUACACACCUACCCAAAAAAUUUAGAACAUUAACAUAGUACCUCUCACAAAAAAAAAACAUGCAUAGUAGUUACCCACACUAAACACAGAUUUUUAGUUUACACCCAUACCCAAACUAACAAUAUUUACCCUUCAAUAUUAUUGAAAUACAACCAAUUAAAUGCAGUCUAAUAAAUCAAUUCAACAACGUUAACAAAAAAUACCAAUACUUAACAUGAGUGCAAACAAUAGCAAUCAAUAACCAAUAAUUAUUUUGUACUAAUAGAAAAGUACAAAAUAAAAGAAUCUACAUCUCUAGUAGAUCUUCAAAAAGAUUUCCUUUAUUUUCUAAGCAUAAAUAGCAUCUCCUUAUCAUGGAUUCCAACACAUUAUAGAGCAUCAUUGGUGUUAUACUCUAAAAAGCCUCGGAACACCAAUUUUCGGUUUCAAAAUUGGUUUUGUAAAUGUAAUUGUCAACACGCCCCCAAAGAAAGAAAUCUAAGGGAGUAAUGUCGGGGGAACGUGCUGGCCAUGGCGUUCUGGAAUAUGUGCUAAUAUAUGUCUUCUUCACAAUCUAGUUGAUAGAAAUUCCCUAACUACUCUGACACUAUGAGCAGUUUAGUUAGGGAAUUUCUGCAAGGGGCAAAUUAUCUAAGGCUUCCUGAUAAAUCGUUUUGCAGUAAUUCAAGGUAACGCUCAGAAUUGAAAUUAUGGUGGUAAAUGAGUGAACCCAAAAAUUCUUCUUCCCAUAAUACCAGCCCACAUUAUUGAACCCUAAACGCACCUGGUAUCGUACUUCUUUCACCAAACGAGGAUUUUCUGUGGCCCAAUAAUGGUGUUUCUUUUAUUAAUAAUACCAUUUUUCGUUACCAUGCUCUCAUCAGACCAGAUGAGCUGGUUACGAAAUUCUUCAUUAUCUUGACAUUUUCUCCUGUACCACCACUCACAAAAUGUUCGACCCCUUUCUGCAUCACCGGGUCUUUGACAGAGUCUGUAUUUAUACCAAUGAAACUUGUAUUUUCUUAAUUUAACGUGUUGAAAUACCCGAGUUCUUGGUAACAGCUGAUAAUACGUGCGUCACUUUUGUAUUCGUGGUGGAACUUUACAACUUUAUUACGACCUUUACAUAUUGUGCAGAACUAUAUUCUAAAAGUUAUUUAUAAAAAAAAAGUAAAUUAGAUAGCACUGAUAGCUUGUAUGAUGAUAGUGUGUUUAAUAUUCACACAUACGCAUAAAAAAGAAAAAAAUAAAAUAAUCCAUUCUCAUCAGACAAGAAUAAAUGUUAAUAGUUUUACGCUCAGUUUACUGACUUUGAAUUUAAAAUCUUUUAAUUACUUAGCUCCAAAACUAUUUAAUGUGAUACCAAUAAGAAAUAUAACACAAAUUAUAAUUUGUAGUCGAAAUUUUAUAGAAUAUAUUUGAAAAUGCACUGCUGUUUAGAUGGGGAAAGAAACAGGUAACUAAGUUAAUUAUGGAGUGUAGGGAAAUUUUGAUUUCUUUUUGAGUAGUAUUAUAAAUUUAACAGCAAACUUAAUUUUUCUCUUUUGUACAUACAAACAUUUAGUUGUCUUAAACUACAUUAAAGACUAUAAAAUCAGAAUUUUAGAAUUGAUAAAUGAAUCUGUAUCUUGAAUUUAUUAUUAAAGCAAAAAGGUACUUAAUUUUUGUUGGGAAUGCACAGGUUUUUUAAACGCACCGUAUUCUUUCACAUUGCGUUCUAACUUCCUGAAGGUUCUUUUGUUUGGCUGCCGUCUUUCGGGAUAUUUAUUCAAAUACGUCCAUGUUAUAUCAGUUUUGAUAACUUGAAACGUAACAAGCUAGCAUAUCAAAUUUUUCUGAAUUCCAAGACAUUUUUACAAACUGAAUUGAAAUAUAGAAAGUGUAAGGUGAAAUAAGUUAAUGUCAAACCGCAAGCAUCUCUAUUACUACCAUUUUGUUUUCAAGGACCUUUUUCCAAGGCAUCAAAAAUAUUUAAUAAUGAUUAAAAGAGUUCUAAAACAUGAUUAAACUACAACUUGUGAUAUACCAUUGAAUUCGGAAUUAAAAGCACUUUUAAUAUUUGAUAUCGAAAAACGAGGUUCUUAUUUGAAAAAAAGUUGAUGAUGGUGACCAAAAGACGAAACGUCGGAUCUAAAAUUUAAUAACGGCAUCCUAAAGAAGGAAAAAAGUGUAUUAUUUUGUAAUAAACUCAGCAGACAUUUUUUUUUCGAAUAUCUCGGGAACUACUACGAAUUUUUUGGAUUUCAAAGUGGAAUAUUGAUCACCCAAAGCCGCUAAAUUCUUCCCUUUCUAACUCGGGGAUUCCUGUACUGGCCCUUCUUAUCUUGGUCAAAAUAUGAUAUCCCAUUUUUAAAAUAACAAAGUUGCUAUAUAUCAGUCCCCCCUGGUAUAGGGUCAUCAUAUGUGGGCCGCCCUAUAUAUGACAAGGCGAUUCGCAAAGAUUAUGAUGACGAUAAUGUGACAAAAAAAAAUAAAUAAAAGAGUAGAUGAAAUUGGCGGCGCAGCGUUGUCAAGUCUCAGCCCGCGUUGUGAGUCUGUGAUUGGUCGAGCUCUUAAUACUAAUUAAAAAAAAACACUAAUCCUUGUAACGAAAUUCGUUUUUUUUUUUUUGUUUUCGGUUAUUUAUUAUUUUUUUUUUAGACAAGGGGUCGGGGAUAGAGCCGCGACUUUUUCAGUUUUUCAUGUUUUUUCGGCAACUUUUGAGUCUGAUUUUAUUUUAUGCGAAAAAUGUCGGUAAACAAGGCGGUUUUACCGGAGAUUUUUCGCUUUUAAUAAUGUUUUUUAAUCGUCGAUGGUCACUUGUUGGCAAGUUUUGUUCUAUAAAGUUUGCCAAAUAUUUUAUAAUAUCGUUAUUCCUUGUUAUUAGUGUGUAAUGAUCAUCUUGAAUCGUGAUUUUUUUAUCUAAAUUUUAUUGGCGUAGUAUUAAAGGGAAAUUUUAUUACCUUGCCAUUGUUUAAUACAUUUUUUAUUGUAAAUUAUAAUAUACGUGAAAAUUGAACCUGUAAGGGAAAAUACUUUUUGGGUAAUACUGAGUGUGAAAUAAGAAAUUCAAUUUUCAGGGAAUAUAUGGGGAUUUGAAUUUUUCAGGCAUAUACAGGGUUUUCAAAGUAUACUCACUGUUGCAAGCUUCGUUAUUAUUGGAGCUACAAAGUCGGUUAAAUAGGUAAAACUAGUAGUAUUCCGCUGAUUACAAUAGUGAAAAAGAAACAAUAAAAAUAAUAAUAAAUUCCAAUGAAAUUUCAUAAAUUUCGUGACAGCUGGAUGGGGUUUUUGGGAUUUAUGUCAGUACUCCAUUUAAAAGGGAUUUUUUGUAAAUGUGUUGAGAAAACAGUAUUAUCCUUUAGGCAAAGGGAAUCUCACUUAAUUUAAAAGCUAAAUUUAUAUACGUCACUUUCUAAUCAUAAAUAUUUAAAGUUUUCUUGAGUUUUUUAUUGCUUUUACUUAUUAAACGUCCAAAUUUGUAGAGUGUAAACUUAAACUUAAAAAAUAAAUAGUGUAUCCUCGGGGUGUUUCUUCCAAACGCUUUUUUAAUAAAAUUAAAAUAACCUUUUCUAUAUAAAAUAUAAAUAUUAAAGUCAAAAAAUAGCUUCUCUCCGACCCCAUCAUAAAACAUCGCGCGGCUAUUUAAUUAUUAUAAACAAAACAUUUAGUUUUUUUCCGAACUCUACGCCAUUACUCUGUAUGUAUCGUGUACGUGUUUGUUGUACAGGCUGAUAAUAUAUUAACUAUAAUAAUAUUAAUAAUAAUAAUACGUUUAAAAAUUAUUUUUGACAAGAAUGACUAUUAUUAUUACUAUCGAUUAACUUGUAUAAGCUGUAUAGAUGGGAAAAUAGGUUUAAUAACUUGUAUAGAUAUAAAAAAAAAACAUUGUUGGGUUUUUCAGUUUUUAGUUUUUAUUAUUAAUACAUUGUUUUUUUUAUUCGGGGACAACCGCGUGUUUAGUAUGAAUCUUCUUGUAAAGUGUAAUUUGUCUUGAUUUAAGUAAAUAUAAAGGCGUAAUUUCGGGAGUGUACAAAGGAAGUCAAAAUAAGGCUAUUUUGUUCUUGACUUUUAUAUUUUAAGAAUAUUUUAGUCAAUAUAUCGACAAGAGUGUCAGGAGGAAGAAUUCAAAUGUCACAUAAAACUAUGUCGUUUUUUUAUUACUUUAGUAAAUUUUCUUCAAAAAAAUUAGUGUACGACGGUAAGUCGAUAAGAGUCACAAAAAACAACAUAUGUAUCUGUAUCCAAAACUCAACAUUUUCUUAUGAAAACAAACUUAUCAGUCCCUGCAUAAAAUAUUCGUUUACAGCACGAAUAACUUGGCGAUCCGUCGAAAAUGUCUUCUAGUCAAGUCAAUUUUUGAGGAUAAAAAAUUGAAAAAAUGUCACAUGGUUCAAAUCUGGAGAAUAAGAAGGCCGUAUCUCAAAAUCGAGAAAAUUGCUUUUAAACUAACAUUUGAGUUCUAAAACUCUAGGAGAAAAUAAAUCAUAUAUAUAUAUAUAUAUUUUUUUUAGAAUUGUAAGUUAUUAAUUUCCACCUAUAAUAACGCAGCUGAAAUCCUUUUAAAUUUACAGGAUGACAAUGAUAUAAGUAGCCAAUAACUCCGUUAAAAACCUUUGAUGAUGUUUUAAGGUUAAAAGCUGGUUAUAUUUUGCCAUACUAAACAACCUAAUAUCAUCAUCGUAUACCGCUGGAACCAUCUACUUUCCUCGCUUUCUUUAUAAUGUAAUCGGAUAAAAGUCAAUUUUUGAUAUUCCUAAAUCAGUCAAGUCAUUUUUAAAUUUAAAUGACAAAAGACAUUAAUAAUUUCGUUUGAGAACAAUAAAACAUUUUUGAAUUACACAUUUACUUACAUUAAAUUAUUACUCUUACUAUUUUAAAACUCAAUAUUUCUCAAUAAUAUGACGAAGAAAGGUAUUGAAAAUACACAUCGUCGUAUUUUAAAACCUUGUAUUAGGAGUUUUUUUAUAAGCAGAUGGUGAUGGAACGCCUAUGGGGAUCAAUAAAUUAACUGUAUAUAUUUCUUUAAAUUGGCCGAUCUUUUUCCAAAAAUAUUGACUUAUUCAGGACUAGAAUACAAUGUGAAUAUUAAAUAAAAAAUCGAAACAAAAUACCAUAGAUCUUAAUUUUCUUUAUCUAAGUAUAACAUCUAAGCAGAAAUAGUUCAGUGGAAUUCAGCUAUAACGAUAUUAAAGAGAACUGGCAAUUUCGCCACUAUAUCCAAAGACGUUGAACAAUUAUCAAUAAACAAAAAUACAAUUUUUUUGUCACGUCACACACAAUUUUUGUUUGCUUCAUAUUCUACUGGUAAAUUUAUAUAUAAUCAUCAAUUUCCGCUUCUCUCUAACCUUAUUUGCUUCCACUAGCACCGCGAUGCGUUCCUUUGAAAGCUUUCCCCCUAGACAUUUCCCUCUUCUAAACGUUAAAUAUUUCAAUGUGUGAACAUCCCUGUCUAAGUUGAGGAUAAACAUUUUUGAGAAAAUGAAAGAAAAAUUUUACAGAUAAUGGCAUUUUAGAUUAUGACGAUAACCUGAUCUAUCGGUUGUAAGGAAAAAAGUGCUGUAAGUGUUAAGGAUUUUAUUAGGUUGAGUCGCACAGUUAUCGCUGAAUAUAACAAUUUUUCUUCCAGUCAUUUUUGUGAUCGGUGUAUCCAGCUUUCCGAACAUUGACAGUCAGUUUUUUGCAUUAUUGUUGCUUUAUCUUGCAAAUUUCUAUGACUUAAGAGUAUAGUUUUGCUGCACUGAUCUCUGAACCACGUUAGUCGUAAUACGUUUUUGAUUCCAGGACGAGAACAUUUAAGAUCCUUUUUAAUUUUUAACUUCGUCGAUUAAAAACUGUUUUCCUACGAAACCAUGAUACAUCAAAUUAGGACUCGUUUAAUUUAUCAUAUUCAGAUUUUCAGAAAAAAUUAUAAAAACGAUGUCAAAUCGAAGACAUGAGCUUAAAAACUAAAGACAAAAAUUAGGUCACAUCGGCAAUGCCGAUAAAGUUUCAGUUUUUAAUUACACGCGACGUUGCUAACAGAAGUAGAAUAUCUGAAGUUUCAAUUUUGUAUGCAACAAAAUGGUUUUUGCCCAAAAACUGUCUCGAUUUACAGCAAAAUGUGGAAUAAAUCAAAAGUGGUCAAAAAUUAAACGUUCCAAAUCGAAUGCACUAAACCUAAACGGCAAAUGGGUUUUACCUAUUAACACAACCUUCUCAUAUCAGCAAUAUUCUCAAUAUAUAGGUUCUUACCAAAAUACAACGUUGCUAAUAAAAUUUGAGUUACUUUUUUAACAAAAUGUUUUUUGUACAAAAAGUGUUUUAUAUGUCAUAUUUUCAAAAAAAAAAUCGAGUGUUGCUAAAUCGAAGAGCUUAAAAAUGAAGUCACAUCGGCAAACAAAUUUUCGUUCGACUUACUCGAUAUUCGAGUAAUAGUCCGACUGCAUUAAAACUUUAAUGUAAAUAGAAUCUUGUAUUAUUACAUUAUAUUCUAGUACCUUAAAGAAGCUAUUCUAAAAACAUCAAUAAUUGAAAACUACAAUAUUUUACAGACUGAUCUCAAAAUAUCCCUUUUUGAUCUUCCAUAUACGCUCACAGAAUUACACCCUGUAUCCACGAAUAGAAACCCAAAAUGGGAAUAAACGUAGAACCCGACUAUAUGCCCUAUUGUAUAUAUAAAUUGGCACAAAUAAGUAAAAAAAAGGAAUCAUACUAAACCGUAUUGUCCCAACUGUAUUAUAAGUGUUUUAUAUAAAGUUAGGCGCCUAUGUUCUGUUGCUCGGCCACGUAUUGUUAUUAACAGUGAAGGUUAAUUUGUUUUAAGAACGUCGUAGGUUAGGCAACGUUUUAGUGUAGACGUAAGAAGUAUUGGCCUUGUAAAGUUGUGAUGUGAUGAAGGAAUUGACUCGCUUUUAAGGUUUUUUUUUGUUUGUUUCCAAACGGAUUAAUCAUAUUAUUAUAGCUCAACUCCCUAACAACAUGUGAUGCUAAUACAGGAAUAUUUACGUAGUUUAAUUUAGCAAGUCGGGUCUUUCAUCACAAGGUUGUUUAUUCGUAAAUUUAUUAAAUCGUCGCUUUUAUAAAUCAAAAAAAAAAAUUCAAAUUAAUAUUCGGUGUAAACUACUACUACUACUAUUACUACUACAAACUAAUAAAUGGCUAUUGAACUUAUUAAUAAAUGUGCUUUAUAAUCUGAAUUGUGAUUUUAGGAAACGAAUUUUUAUUUCGGAAGUACGUUGUUUAGUAUAACUUGAUGGUUUUUAUUAUUGGGGUUUUUAUUCAUGAAUGAAUUUUGCCGGAUGUAUGGAUGAGGGUCACCGUAAAAACUAUGGGGUUAAGAUUUGCAUAAUCUUGAAUAAAACGAGAAUUGAUUUUUGGUUGGUUUAAAUAGCUUGUGAGUCGAAUGUUGUAAUGAAUGUCCUUUUUUUUAAAUUCAGGAGUGAAUAAUAAUUCAUAGAAAGGUCAAAUAUUUAAAUUAAUAUCUGUUAUAACCAGGUUUAAGUUUUUUUAUGAGGGGGAGGGAGUACCACAAAUUGUACAUAAAGCUAAAAUGUAAUAGGUAAGGAACUCUAUUUUAGUAUAAGCCUUAUUUAAAACUGAAACCCUAAAAUUUAAAAAAGGACAUUUUCCUAGCUGACCAUUCUUUGAAUGUAAUGAGUAAUUAAGGCAUAGAAACAAAAAAAAUGGCUUUGUACUAAAACUUCAAUAACUGGUAGCAAUAAAUUAACAUUUCCAAGCUUUUUUAUCCGUUAAUCCGUUCUCUAUUCUAUGAGGAAGCAAUUAUCUCAAAAUUUGCAAAAAGGGAUUGUGCACAUUAAUUAUAGUAUUGUACAAAAAAAAUUAUAUGCUCGAAAGGUUCAUAAAUUUAUACAAAAUGCUCCUUAUUUCUAAACUUCAUAUUUUAGACAAAAAAAUAGCGGUUUUUUCAAAGAAAAAUUGCUGUUUAUAUUUUUGUAUAUCAAGGAUAAAUUAAAUCCAUCAGGAGCAUCUUUUGGGUUUGUUUUUCUCCAGUUUUUUUAACCAUACUGAAGUAAAUAUGUGUCAACAAAGGGAUUUUAUACUUUUCUUUCAAUAUAUUGGAAUUUAUAUUAAUUUCCUUCUGCUGUCAGCAAUAUUUCUCCUUUAAGUUAACACUUAUCAAUCUGAGGGAUUUUAAAGAAUAACCUUUUUGCUAACGUUUUAAGUUACAAAAAGAAGACACAAGUCUAAAGGAAUAAAUUUAAUCUUGAAAAACUACACGUGUUUCGUCCCAAACUGUCGGGCAUCACCCAGAAAGAGGGAUUUUUUUACAUGUUCUUCCUAUAAGUUUGAGUUUAUAUUAAUUACUUUCUGCUAUCAGGAAUUUGUUAUAAAAGAGUUGCUUUUUAAAUUAACAGUAAUCAAUCUGUGGGAAACUACUUUAAAGAAUCACUUGUUUGCUCUUUUAACUUACAAAAAGAAAAUACAAAGUCUCGGGGAAUUAGUUCAAUUGUGAAAAACUACGUGUUUCGCCUCAAACCGAAACAUCAUCAGGCAUCAUUAUAUUUAGCCCAGAAAAAGGGAUUUUGUACGUUUUUUUCAAUAAGUUAGAAUUUAUAUUAAUUUUCGUCUGCUGUCAGCAAUAUUUAUUUUUUGCUAAUGUUUUAGGCCCGAUGAUGCUUCGGUUAGAAACGAAACAUGUGUAGCUUUUAAAAUUAAAUUAAUUCACCGAGACUUCUUUAGAAUGGAUAUGAAGCAAAUCUUAAAAAAUUCCUGCAACCAAUUGUCUUUUGGUUUGCUAUUUAUCAUUAAAUCAACUGGAAAUGUACAUGCCCUAAAAUGAUGCUAUGAUACCUAGAGCCUAGAUAAUACCAAUUUCAGAGAAUCAAUGAAUUAUUAUGAUUUACCCAAGUUUUUACGGAACCUGCACCAAACAACAACAUAAAAAAAACACUGUGGACUUGUUUGUAAAUAUUUUCUAUUUUAUUAUAUUGUAUUUAUAGCAUUAAGUAUGUUUAGGAGAAUUAUAAAUAAGGGUUGCAGCUGAAUAAAAGAAAAAUCGAAAAGAUUCGCUGGUCGGAAACAAAUUUUAUGUUUAGUUAUCCUCUGUGCCUUUUCGCUAUAUGUAUAUGUAUUUCCUCACCUCCCCCUCCUCCCUACACACACGAUUUAUGGCUGUAAUUUGUAAAAUUUAAUUUUUUUUGGUGACUAGCGGUAUUUAUAUAAUAAUCUAGUUUAAAACCUUGUUAUUAAUUUUAUGUCCACGAUAUUGGUUAAUUUUUUGUUUAUUAUUAUUUUUAUAUAUAAAGUUUUUGUUUUAUUUUCUUUUAAUUUAUUUCGCUAUUUAUAUAUGUAUACAUACGAAAUUUAAGCGGUUAUACGCGUAAUGAAAUUAUCCCGAUAAACUUGUGAAUUUUCCUAUUUUUUUUUCUCAAUUUUUUUUUUGGUAGCUCAUUAGUUUAGCUGUCAAAAAAAAAUCCAAAGCAAGUUAUCCGUUGUUUAUAGGCUGUGUUUGUAAAUAUGAAAAAAAAGUCGGGUGUUGGAGCAACGGUACAGAAUGGCGUCCAUAUUUUAUUUUUCGGAUUUUCAACCAAUUUUUUUUGUUGGGAAAAAUCGGCAUGGCAUACAACUAAGUUGCAUUUAGUUUUAACAAGAAAGAAAUCAUUAUUCUUGCCACUGACCCCUCUUAAAGAAAAAAGAUUUUUCUCUCAAAAAACAUUGGGUUGAUAGUUCGUUUAAGAGUUAUUAUUUUUAUCCUGCAUAAGUGUGCCCUCGGGUGGCACCCUCUUCAAAACAACAUACGAGACCAAUGAAAUGUAUACUUAAGGAAAAAAUGGUUUCGUUUUGUCGGGCAAAUUGGUUCGAUAACAGCAGGUGUAUUCUGUUUAGUUGGUAUACAGGGUAUUCUUAUUUAGUUCUUAACAGAAAACUCUGUGGUCAGGCAGUAAAAAAUAUUAACAGAAUUAAAUGCACUGCAAAGGUUUUGUUUAUACUCGUUAAUAUUUUUUUAGGUUCUAUUCAAAAAACCUGAAAAAUUUGCUAGAAAGAUAUAAUUUAAUAAUCCUCAUGGUUUAAUGAUAAAAAUUAUAUGCCAGGUUGGUCUUGAAUUUAUAACAAUUUUCUUUUACUGUCGCUAAGAUUCCUCAUUUUGCUAUAAGUUUAGAAAAUAUUUAAAAAAAAAUAGCUGGUUAUUAACUACUUAAUUCUACAAAUUGGUUUUCAAUGCCAAGUUACAGCAAAAGGGAUUUUCUUUCAAUAAUCUUUUUUUUUUCUAUUGUAAGCAAUAUUUAUGAGUUUUUGAGUAAAAAGUAAUACAAUUUGAGUUUUUGAAUAAAAAGUAAUUACAAUUUCAUUGGCUCUAUAUGAAACAUAAGCACUCUUGCCGAUUACAAAUUUGUAAUUAUAUUGACACAUUUACUUUAACAAUUCUUGCUGUAAUAUAUUUGACUCAAUUGUGCCCACAAAACGAAACCCAAAAAAAAAAAACACAAAACGCUUUAAUCUAGCUUAUAAUAUGUUCUGACAAGUCUCUUAUGUUUUUACUCUUUGGGGUGUGUUACUAUUUUUUAAGGACCUAUUCUUAACGAUUAUAAUUUUUAUGGAAUUAUUUCUUGGUAUUUUUUUUUCGUUAAUUUAAUUUCAUGUAAACGCCUUUUAAUUUCUGUGGUUUGGUGUGCCGCUAUUAUCACCCGGGGAGUUUAAUUUACAAUUUUACCCUCGGAACUUCCCGAUUCACAUGUACGUGAUAAUAAACGGUAUGCCGCGACAAAAAAGAAACAAAGCAAGUUUUAUUAUUAUUAUUUUAUAAAGGAGUUUGCAAUUUAGUUCAGGCACCGCUCAUUCAUUUCACUUAUUAUUUUUUAAAGUUUUUAGAGUUACAGUUUCUGUUUGUUUUAUAGAGACUUUAGACAGUGAUAUGACUUAAUAAUAUAUAUAAAUAGUUGUACGUCUAAGAUUGUGUAUAAAAAUUACUACUAUUAAAAUGUUUGGAAGAAAUGGA